UUGGCCACCCUGCUCAUAACCUAAAACCGAUUAUAAACAGUCAUUUUUUAACCCAAAUAGCAUUGUCAUCGAGAAUUUGCUAAUUUGAAAAAGCAAAAAUGAGUUCUAUCGGCACAGGGUACGAUUUAUCGGCCUCCCAAUUCUCGCCCGAUGGCAGGGUGUUCCAAGUGGAGUACGCGAUGAAAGCAGUGGAAAACAGUGGAACUGUGAUAGGGCUUAAAGGCUCAGAUGGAAUAGUGCUGGCAGCUGAGAAGCUGAUCCUCUCCAAACUGCACGAGAGAACCACCAAUCAGCGGCUUUUCAACAUAGACAAACACAUAGGCAUGGGUUUUUCAGGGUUAAUCGCCGACGCCCGCCAAAUAGUGCAAAUCGCCCGAAAGGAAGCGGCGGAAUACAGACAGCAGUUCGGAACCAGUAUUCCCUUGAAAUACUUAAACGACCGUGUUAGCAUGUAUAUGCACGCCUAUACUUUGUACAGCGCCAUUAGGCCCUACGGGUGCAGCGUAAUUUUGAUCAGUUACGAAAAUGAUGAGCCUGUCAUGUAUACAAUCGACCCCUCAGGGAUCAGCUACGGUAAUCACGGUUGCGCCACUGGCAAGGCCAAACAAUCAGCAAAAACCGAGAUUGAAAAGCUUAAACUAGGACGACUUACUUGCCGGGAGUUGGCCAAAGAAGCCGCUAAAAUAAUCUACAUUGUUCACGAUGAGCUUAAAGACAAGAACUUUGAGCUGGAAUUGUCGUGGGUUUGCAAGGACAGUAACGGACUGCACGAGAGAGUGCCCGAAAACGUUUUUCUAGAGGCGGAAAAUGCUGCGAAGCAAGCCAUGGAGGCCGAUUCCGGAUCGGAUACGGAAGAUUUAUAAGUUCUUUUACAAUUCUCGUGUUUGUUUUAAACGAGUAAAACAACCGUACUUGA